AUGAGUGUGCUUCCAGCCAAGAACCUAUUACAGCAUUUUAAAGAGUGCAUCAGCUUCAUCCAUGAGUGUCGCCUGAAUGGUGGAUCAUGUCUCGUUCACUGCCUUGCAGGUGUGUCCCGCAGCACUACCAUGGUGGUGGCCUACUUGAUGACUGUCACCCACUACAGCUGGGAUGAAUGUCUGUCUGCAGUCAAGGCUGUUCGGUCCUUUGUCGGCCCUAACUAUGGCUUCCAGCAGCAGCUGCAGGAGUACCAGACAACACAAGUCUCAGAGUACCGAGCAUGGUUACGGUCCAGUUUCCGUCCCUGUCCAUUUAAUGACCAGGAGCAGGUGUGUGCCCUGCUGAUCCAGUUCACAGAACAACAGCAAAGCCAGAGGAGAGGAGCAGACCAGCGCUGGAUAAAUCAAGGUGUAGGUGUCUGUUCUCUGCCAUCCGACCGUGAUGAAGGCAGCAGUUGAAGCACAGGCCUCUGGUCUUGCUAUAGCCCUACUCAUGGCUGUCUGUAAAUGACACAAAGCUAUUAUUCUGUACCCAAUUCCAAAUCAACCCCAAGUUGUGUUCAACUUUAAGGCCUUUGUAUAACUCUGAAAGCAUAGGAUGAAAUAAAUCCCCCUUAAAAGCCAGGCAUAUCUUUCAUACUUAACUUGCAUCUGUCUAUUAAUUUCUAAUCAAUGGAGGUUGAUUUAGAAUUGGGCUGCAGACUCUAACCCACAACCGGUACCUUCUUUGCUCCCUUAACUGAGUACAGCCACAACUGUGGUACUGGUGCUCACAAAAGCCUUACUCUUAACACCUCAGCACCUUAGCCAUGAUGAAUAAACAACAUUUCCAUGUGGACACUUUACACCUGCAACGUUCAUCUCGGUAGCCUUAAGUGACUGAUUUAAUGCAAUCUUAAAGGAACAUUUUGUCUAAUUAUGUGCAUGUCUAGUCUUUGCCGGUGGACAAUGAAAUCCACAAAUCUACAAGCAAUUUAUUGCCCAUUAUUCUGAGCCGUUAUUUGGACAUGUACUAUUUUAAAGUCCUGUCCAGGCUCCUAAUGUAUGUGUAUUUCAGACUUGUGUGUAGUGUGUUCUAACAAACAGAGUGUAAAUUAUAAUUGUAAUUUACCCACUGGGCAUCAAUAAAAAUAUAAAUUAUUAUUAUUA